UUGCCGCUGACGUCACUUCCGGCUAGUUUCUGGUAGCUUCGGAAGUGUGUGCAUGUUUUGGAUUAUUUUUGAUAAAGAAACAGCUGCCGACACUGGAUAAGAGCGGGGAAUAUAGUGACUACUGAGAAUCAUGAUGGAGGAGCAACCCACAGACAUAGAGGUGACCGUGAAGACAUUAGAUUCUCAGAGCAGAACUUACACGGUCCGAGCUCAGCUGACAGUGAAAGAGUUUAAGGAGCACAUAGCACCUUCUGUUGGCAUCCCCAUCGACAAACAGAGGCUGAUCUACCAGGGCCGUGUGCUGCAGGACGACCGCACACUGCAUGACUACAAUGUUGGAGGUAAAGUCAUUCACCUGGUGGAGCGAGCUCCUCCACCGGCCUCUCAGCCCGGCUCUGGCUCUGGGGCCUCUCCCGUCGACAGUGCAGGCUCCUCCUCCUCACAGCAGGGUGCGCCCCAGGGACCUCCACACGACCGAAAUGCUAACAGCUACGUGAUGCUCGGGACUUUCAACCUGCCAGUCAACAUCAUGGACCCGCAGCAAAUACAGAUGUCUGUGCAGCAAAUGGUGUCGGGGAUGGGUGAGAAUGCACGCCAUGCUCGAGUGACCACGUCUACUGGGAGUAAUGGGUCGGUGAAUGUGCACAUCGACAUGGAGCAGCCAGUGCAGAGUGAACCGCGACUGAGGCUCGUUUUGGCUGAAAAUCUACUGCGAGACGUCAAUGAGAUGAUCAGUCGAAUGGAGAGCCGCUCCAGUGACGCGUCCUCUCAGACAGAUGCCGCUGCAGCGCCCUCUUCAGGCUCCUCUCCUUCAGUGCAGCCCAUGGACACAUCUCCUCCUGCCUCCACUCCCCCUCCUCCUCCCUCCUCCACUGCUCCAUCUGAGGGACCUACGCCUCAGCCAGGGCCCAACCACCCCAGCCCUGCGGAGCUGGCAGAGAUGCUGACGGAGCUGAGGAGGGUAGAGGAGAGACUACAGCCAUUCAUCCAGAGAGCGCACACUAUUCUGGAGACAGCCACUAGUGCAGAGUACAGCAACAACACGGAGAGAGAGGAGGAUCAGCGCGCACUUACCCUGACCUGGGAGUGUUUACGUCUCCUUGGAAACGCUCUGGUUGCCCUGAGUGACCUGAGGCUGAACCUGAUGAGUCCAGUGCCCAGGCACCUUCAUGUGGUGCGGCCCUUCUCCCACUACAGCACCCCCUUCAGUGCACCUCUACCUGGAGCAAUGCACCCGCCCAUCCCUCUGCAAAUGAACUUGGGUGCCACAGUGACUGUCGCACCCAACAGCACUGAUGGACAAGCCCCUCCCCCUCCAGCGACCAGCCAAUCGGAGCAGGCAGGUCAGGGACAAGCCCCUCCCUCUCAGACUUCCCCGUCCAAUCAGCAGGCUGGACAGGGGCAGGCUGGUGGCCCCCGGGUCAUCAGGAUCAGCCACCAGGCCGUGCCGCUGGUUCUGAUGCAGAUGAACGCGGACGCUCCAGGAGCAGGACCAGCCCCCGGGCCACAGAUGCCAGGGCAGCCAGGGCCGCUCCCUCAGGACUUUAUGCGUAACCUGAUGCAGCAGAUCAGUCAGUAUGCCGCGGCCGUGGCCACCAGUGCUGCUACUGCUGCUACCAGUCAGACAGCGCCCCCUACAGCUGCUCCAGGGCACAAUACCACUCCCACCUCCACACCUGCUCCUCCUCCCCCCUCUGCCCAGGGAACACCUCCUCAGCCCAGGGUAGUGUUUGGCAGACCGCCCUUCCCCCCCAACAUGCCGCCUCCGGCCUUUGGGACCAGAGGAACCACCAUCAACGUGAGGGCUGCCAUGCCGGGACAGCAGCCCGCACAGGCCUUUAACCCUGCAGCUCUGAACCAGAUGAUCAGUGGACUGAUGGGACAGCUGCUGCUGCCUGGACAAAUGGCUGGGCAGACAGUCACCUCCUCCUCCACCUCCUCCUCUACCUCCACCUCUUUCUCCUCCACCACCUCCUUCCCCACCUCUACCUCCUCUUCUGGCUACACUGGUGCUGCUCAGAACCAGACUGACACUCCAUCCGCCCCCUCCGCACCCCCUCCUCAGCCCCAGGACCUGCCUCCAGACCUGGGCCAGUUGCUGGGCUCUCUCCUGGGCAUGGCUGGAGGAGCCACGGGGCCCAUGGGUGCCCCCUCCAUCACAGUGACAACCUCAGGGGUCCCAGCCUUCAUUCAGGGUGUCAGCGACUUCAUGCAGCAUGCGUCCCAGCCGGUGUUCCCCCCUCCCCCCUCUGCUGCCUCUGGCCCAGCCCCCACAGUGCCUCCUGCAGGUGCUCCUGGUCAGAGCCCUGGAGCAGAGGGCCUGAACCCAGAACUGUUCACGGGGAUCUUGGGCGGAGUGCUGAGGACCAUGAUGGGUUCUUUGGGACAGAACCAGAAUGACACAGAAAGCAUUGCACAGUUUAUGCAGCGACUGUCCCAGGCCACCAACAUCUUCAUCAGCCCUGAGGACCCCUCUGGUUUCUUUGGGGAGCUCCUGAUGCUGGUGUGUCAGACCUUCACCAUGUCUGACCUGGUUCUGCUGCUCCAUGGACAGCACCAGCCUCUGGGCCGGAUCCAGCCUCAGCUCGCACAGUUCUUCAGACACAACUACCUGAGCGACCGCGAGCCCACCGAGCAAAACAUAACUGAGGCUGCUGAGAGUUUAAUAAACGAACUGGAGGAAUACAUCACUGAGAGCUUUAGAGAGUCAUCAGUGUCGGUGCUGGAAGGAGUCGACGCCACUCAGACAAACAUGUUGUUCUUUAGACAACAGCUGAGACAGAUCGCUACACACAUUCUCCACUGCACAGAUGAGUCUUUCGGGCCCCGGCUGCUGCAGAUGUGUAACUCUGCUCUGUUCCAGUGUUUGGCUCUGAACCUGUUCUGUUUGAGAGGAGACCAGCAUGCCCUCACUGCUGUUAUCAACCACCGCAUCAGACGCAUGUCCAGUGACAUCAGCCCCAGCCUGGUUAACUGGAUGACCAGUAUGAUGAGCAUGAGGCUGCAGGUGAUACUCGAGAACAUCCCUGUGCCCUCGGAGCAGAUCCAACAGUACGUCGUCUACACAGAGAGAGAUCAUCCUUCAGCCUCAGAGCCACCGGAGCAGGGCCCGAGUGCCACGGCGGGGGACAGUCUGUCUCCGGCCGCCGCCACCACAGCAGAGGAGGCCAUGUCUGUCACUGAGGAAACCAUGCCCAUUGCCCGGGAGAGUGCACCAUUGUCACGGGAACACAAGCCUUUACCAAGCGACUUGGGAGCGAGUGGAGGGGCUGGUCCUCUGGGGGGCGCUGUGCCGCUCGGAGCAGAGGGAGGGAGAGAGGAGACAGAGGCCUGGGCUGCAGCUGUGCCUCCGGAGUGGGUGCCGAUCAUUCGCUGUGACAUGAUGACUCAGAGGAAGAUCAAGUCCCAGCCUCCUCUGUCUGACGCCUACCUGCAGGGCAUGCCCGCUAAGAGGAGGAAGACCGGACAGGGCAGUGGCAGCCUCCUCUCCCUCUCUGACGCUGUGUCUCAGGCCGCUCGCUCCGCCGGUGUCCGACCAAUCACCUCCUCCGAGAGACUGCAGCACGACCUCGAAACCGAUGAGCUACGGGAGGCCUACUCUGAACAGGUGAAGUCUGAUUUGAAGAAGAGGGUUCGUGAGGACCCAGAUUUCAGCUCUCAACAGUUCCCCAACUCACACAGAGCUUUUUCCCCGGACUCCUAACAUUUAUGAAUCCAGGCCUCCGCUUGGUCGCCUUUAAAUGAUGUCAUCACAUUCAGAGGGUUCAGUGUUUUCUGUCAGUGUGAAUCACCUAAGGUCAAAUCAUUUUCUUUCAAAAGCGUCAAAGUUAUUAUUCAAUCGGUUGCAAUUGUAGAAAGCUGAAAGGGGAUUAAAGGUGCACCCCAUGUUGUUUAUGGUGGCUGUUAGUUUCCAAGGAGAUGUUAUUGCUGUGCCUGGAAUGUUCCACAGUAUGGUAUUAAUCUUGUAUACCUUGCAUUAACCCAAAUCACUCUUUCUUUAGAUAAUAUAAUGUCAUUUUCCACAUUAAAUGGUAGUUCUUUCUUUUCUAUUCUCAUGUGGCCUUAUAUCUGUGUAAUCCCUCAGUGUCCAGUAGGUUCACAGUGGUCCAUGUCUAUGUGUCUUAUACUGAUACAGCUCAAGAUUAUGCUAAAGAUAUUCAGGAAAGGUCCAUUUCUGUCCUGUCAAUGUGACUUUUUUUGUAUCGAUACCGGUGAAAAAUGAGGAUCUACUCUUGAUACUAGUUUAGUAUCGAUUAGUAUCUGAUUUUCGAUACUUUUGACACCCCUAAAGCAGUAACAUCUCCAUGGAGACGGCUUAUUAAGUUUGUGAAGCCAAUCAAAAUAAUCAACAUUAAACAUUGAUGCUUCAGCCAUAGAGUCACACAGGCCCCUCAAGCUCAUCUUAGACACAUUCUGAUCAGUUUGUCCUUCCUCCUCACCCGUGCCUCUGGGUCCUGGUCCAGUUCAGUGCUUAUUUAUUUUAAAGGCCCAUAUUAUGCUGUGUUCUGAUCUUUGUUCUAAUGUUGUUCAUCACAAACAGACCUGUAGUUGUGUUUUGUUUCAUCCACACCUGUUUAACACACAAACCCUGCAGAUUUAGACUGAGUCUUCUCUAUUCCACCUUGUGACGUCAUGUGGUAAUGUGUGUUUUUAAACUCCAUAUAUCUUCAGUAGAAUCAUUUGGAUGAUUUCAGCCUUGGAUUUACCCAUCUCUACUGAACUAAAGGUAAAAGGAGCUGUUAACUUGAAAACUACCACUUCAUGACAUCACAAGGUGGAACAGAGCAUUCUGAGUUUUGGAGAUGUAACAGACUAAUAAAGUGUUACUCAAACAUGUGUGAAUGAAAAACACAACUCCAGGUCUGUUUUUGAGGAGGUAACAGUAUUAGAACAUGACUUAAACCUCAUAAGAGUCCAGUUUGUGUUAUAUAGGAGCUUGAAGCUUUCGUCUCGCCUCCACUGUCCUGUGUUCACGAGCCCAUGUUGUUUUUGUUUGAUUUGACUUUUUCUGUUGUCUUUUUCUCUCAAAUGCACGAGUGGACUAAUGAAUAUUUGCUACAUGAAUGUACAGUACGCAAUAAAACCUUGAUACACAAAGACAUUUUACUUUGAGGAAUUGCAGAUGUAUCAUUUAAGUCGUCGCUGAGACUUUCAGACAUGACAUAAUUUCACUACUCUGCCAGUAAACUAUUAUUUUCAUGAAGAU